CAGAAGAUGGCGAGCCCGUGCGGGCGGCAGCAGUGCUCCAUCCAGAGGCGCGGCGUCCGCCACCAGCUCGAUUCGUGGCGACACAAGCUCAUUCACUGUGUAGGGUUUGAAAGUAUUCUAGAAGGCCUGUUUGGACCCGGAUUAUUAAAAGAUCUCAGUUUGUUUAAAGACUGUGAGCCUGAAGGUGUUUCUGAUUGGUCUUUUGAUGAAAAUUGUCUUUUCUGCUGCCUGAGAAGAGAAAAAGUAAAGGAACACUUAGUCAGUCUGGAUGAGCCAGCCUCAGAAGCUGGACAAGAAGCUCUGCUUAGACAAGAGCAAGCAAAAAUCAUUCGUUUUGAAAGGCAAGCGGAAGAGUUCCUCAAUGCAGUCUUUUACAGAAAAGACAGUCCUAGGGUCUCCGACCCCAAUAUUCCCCUAGUGGCCCGUGAGAUCAUGCAGCGAAUGAUCCGACAGUUUGCUGCUGAAUAUACCUCAAAAAAUAGCUCUACUCAGGACUCCAGCCAGCCCAAUAGCACAAAGAACCAAAGCCUGCUGAAAGCAUCUCUGGUCGCCUCCUCUCCCACGGCUGCAACUGCUCAGAACCCUGUGCUCAGCAAACUGCUCAUGGCUGACCAAGACUCACCUCUGGACCUUACUGUCAGAAAGUCUCAGUCAGAACCUAGUGAACAAGACGGUGUGCUUGAUUUAUCCACUAAGAAGAGUCCUUGUGCUGGCAGCACCUCUCUGAGUCACUCUCCAGGGUGCUCUAGUACUUCAGGAAAUGGGCGACCUGGGAGACCCAGCCAGCACCAUCCGGAGGGACUACAGAGUGGUGAUGGGGUACCUCCAAGAAGCUUGCAGGAUGGAACCAGGGAAGGUUAUGGCCACUCCACAUCUCUUAAAGUACCGCUGGCUCGAUCACUCCAGAUUAGUGAAGAACUGCUGAGCAGAAACCAGUUUUCUACGGCUGCCAGCCAUGGGCCAUCUGGACUACAGAAUCAUGGACAGCACUUAAUAUUAUCCAGGGAGGCUUCUUGGGCAAAACCACACUACGAAUUCAAUUUCAGCCGCAUGAAAUUCAGGGGAAAUGGUGCACUCAGCAACAUCAGUGACCUUCCUUUUCUUACAGAAAACUCUGCCUUUCAAAAAAUGGCACUUCACACUAAACAGGAUGGGAAAAAGGACGUGAGCCAUUCAUCUCCUGUGGAUUUAAAGAUACCACAAGUUCGAGGCAUGGACCUUUCAUGGGAGUCCCGCACUGGUGACCAGUACAGCUAUAGCUCUUUGGUAAUGGGUUCACAAACGGAGAGCGCGCUUAGCAAAAAGUUAAGGGCUAUCCUUCCAAAACAAAAUAGGAGAAGUUUGCUGGAUGCUGGACCAGAUUCCUGGGGCUCAGAUGCUGAGCAGUCUACCUCUGGACAGCCAUAUCCCACCUCAGAUCAAGAGGGAGAUCCUGGCUCCAAGCAACCUAGGAAGAAAAGAGGGAGAUACAGACAGUACAACAGCGAGAUACUGGAGGAAGCAAUCUCUGUGGUUAUGAGCGGGAAAAUGAGUGUUUCCAAAGCUCAGAGUAUUUAUGGGAUCCCCCACAGUACACUGGAGUACAAAGUUAAAGAGAGGCUGGGCACUUUGAAAAACCCUCCAAAGAAAAAAAUGAAAUUAAUGAGGUCGGAGGGGCAGGAUGUUUCAGUAAAGAUUGAAUUAGAUCCCCAGGGAGAAGCAGCACAAAGUGCAAAUGAAUUGAAGGAUGAAUAGGGAUGUUGUAGAGUGCCAAUUACUUUGCAAACUGGGUGAGCACUACUGCAUAGUUCAACCAUCACUGAGCGCACCUGAGUCUCCUGUUUACUGCAAUGCUCUUUCCUUUGCAGUUUAGCAUAGACUUAUGUGAACACAGGUGAAAGAUGUGCUCUGAAUGUCACAUUUGUAAAUUUUUCUGGCCUAGUAUGGCACAGUUUCCCUCCUUCACCUGCCCACUGCCCUCUUUCUUUCUUUGUUCCUUUUUUUUUCUUUUGCCUUUUGCAUGUUUCUCUGUAAUAGAGAAUUGAGUUACCUCACAAAGAAUGCAGAUCUGUAGAA